UCGAUGUGUUCAUUCUCUCAGUAAAAUAUUUUGCGAGUGUGUCUGUAAAGCCGUAUGUUAGCCUUUCUCUCGGCCUACCGUUCCGGUACUCUGCUGGCUGAGUACUUAUGUGCGGAUGUGUCGCCGUGUGCCAUGAUCAUCCCUAAGAGCAGUCUAUAUUUGCUAUACUCUCGCUGCAAUUGGUCCUUCCCUGUAGUGGUCGUGCUACUGCUGCUGCGAAUCUGGCAGCAGCAGCAUUAGUAGCAGCAGCUGCAGUGUGUGUAUCGGUGUGUCUGGGUGUGUGUGUGUGUAUGUGUGUGUGUGUGGUGUUUCGACGAACGCGACCAGGAGCAGCUAUUGCCGCUGUAGGGAACAGUAGUCGAACGAAGUGAACUAGUCGACUUAGACGUGCGUAGUAAUCAGCAGUUUUGUUAAGUUCUUUUUUGUUCCUUUACCCGCCCAGUGGAUUGUACUAUGGAUCGCUGCUGUGCUCAUCGAGUCUCUACUAUUUGCUGUUUCUCGUAACUGAAUGCUUCGGGUUGCGCUGGACAACAGUAACAGAAAACCCAGCAAAGCAGUGUACUACUAGUAUCGAUAAGAGUAGUCGCAGUAACUGUGGGAUGAUAGGGAUGCUGUCCAGCUAAAUUUUUUAACCCAGGUUGCUUCUUUUUCUUUUUUUAAUUGUGUCGGUUUGACUUAGCCUGCGUCCUGUGCUGUCCGAGGAAACCUACAGUAGCCAGGAAACCUGGCUCAAGUCAAGUCAACUCGCAACUGGCAGGCCCAUUACCUCUAUGAAUACCUUAUAACAACGGCAAUAGGGAAUUAGCUUCACAAGCAUUUCAGUGGAAGGCCAAUUGGUGUAUAUCUCGUCUGUCCCUCGUUCGUGUCGACACGGUGUCUGGUGCAUGUGGCAGACAUUAUUAUUACAUUGGUUCAUACGCGGGCUCACGGUAGCUGGAGCCACGAAAGGCAGGCAGGCAGGCAGCAGCGAUCAAGGCGAGCCACCUAAGCAUUUAGCAACAGCGGCCUCAAAUGAGCACUACGCGUAUUGUGGCUUGCGAUAUCGUGGGCUCAGCCAACACCAUCAUCAAGUGCGUUGCUAACAGCGUCAGCUCAUAGAGCAAGUUCGUCAUCUUGUCGCCAGCAGGCAACCUAAACAGGCAGGCAAACGAGCCUUAUCCAUCGUCUCCACGAACGGCCGUAGAAAUACUAGCAGUCUGCGAUAUACAUAGACGCACGGUUGCAGAACGAAAAAGUAGAGACCAACACUAAGAACGCUACGAGUAGCGACAACAGCACUCUUACAAAGAGAAAGAAGUUCGUUCCUUUUAUCUAUUCAGCCAGAAACUACCUACGUGAAACUAAAAUCAGCUGUGCUUAGGUCACUUCGUCAAUAUAAAGUGUAUACUGAAGGUGCCAGAGAGGGGAAUACAGGAAGCACUGUGUUUGGUGUCCUCUGGUGUUAUUGUUGUUCCUCAUUUAAUCAACGUCGUAUACGCUCCAACUCGCCAGAUGUUUGUCUGCGUGCGUAACGUUACCACAGUCUGAUGAUAGUGUGAGCACCCGAAUGUUGAUGACCUGUGGGCACUGCAGAUUCAUGUGUUUUGGAACCAACGAGCUACGAUAACGAUGACUUGGAGUAAAUGAGCAAACCAGAAAAAUUCUUUGCCUGAGUCUACCUCUGAGUAAAGCUCUUAUGUACAUAGGUCUGUCUGGUGGGUAGCACCCAAGGAAAGAGAUACGACUUGAAAAGAAGUUACUGCUACGAGAAGGGAGUUGGUCCAUUAUCCGGUUCACUCCACUGUGUCGUCAUUCUCUCAUCACCUGUGUGUGGCUCUGUGUGUGUGUGUGUGCGUGCGUGUGUGUGUGUGCGCGUGUGUGUGCAUAUGUGUAUGUGUAUAUGUGUAUGCAUGCAUGUGUGUUAAUAUCAAAGCAAAGUUGUCUUCACGCCUGACGCCUGGUGUGUUUGUAUGAGCGGGCCUCAAUUAGCGGUGGAAGUGGUAGAAGUAUUGGACUGUGGUGAUCUUUUUUUUGGUGGUGAUGGUCGCGUUUGUGGUGGCCUGUCCUGCCAUUCUACACGGCAUAGAGGAACAUAAUUGCGCUAAGGUGGCAGUAGUGUGCUUUUGUCCUCGUGGUAACCUACUGCAUCUGUGUUAGUUCGAUACGGCCAAUUAUCGUUGGCCAUCGCAUGUCCGUGCCCGUCUAAACAGCAGAGAGUUCUCUUCUCUAUCCUUCUUCUCUCAGGGCAUUCUUCUCCUCCAGGGCGUCUUCUAUCCUCAACUCUCAAAGCAGAAUCAGCAGCAGCGGGAGCAGCUAAAGUUAGUAACGGUACGACUUCAGUGGGGUACAUUAACUACGUAAACGAGCUACGACGGCUGUGCUCAUUGACCACGGAUAGUGCUUCUUCAGUGUCAUCAAAAGCGAAGUUGACAGUCGUGGUGGCAGCCGGCACCUCGUUGGCUCCCGACCCGCCCACCAGUUAUAGGCAAUAGUGUGUUUUCAAGAUCAGCGACCUUAGCCACGACCAUUGCAAGUAAGCCGUAGUCGAAGCCAUCGUUGUUGCGGUCGUCUGAGUGUGCUGGCGUGUUCCUGUGUUCGUGUGUUUACGGGGGGUGGCCUUCCAACCGCCGAUGCCAGCAUGUCGGAUGGUCAGUGUGACGAAUGGUUAAGCCGAUGGGAGCAAGAGUGCUCAGAGGUUGUCACCGAAGCAGAGGCAUCGCUCGAGGCGCAAACGACUACCGAACGGGAUGCGAACGCCCAGCGCCUGUUCCUGCUUUUCCAGACCUCGGCCACCUCAGUGGCUCAGCUGUACAAAGAAUGUCAAAACGGCGUGCGACUGUGGACAUCGUUCCAGAAUGCUGCGUCAGCCGUUACCACCCUGUAUAAAGAAUGCGUCGAAUUACAGAAACGGCAACAGGAGCUUUCGGUACAAUUUGGAGUUCAUCGCAGAAACAAGGAUGUGCUUGCUUGGGCACAUAAACGGAAGCGGAGUAUUCGACGUGAAGAUCUGAUCAGCUUUCUUUCCGGCCGCAAUCCUCGAAUGUCGCCUCCUAGCCAAGGGUCGCGGUCAUCCGGACAAUGGGGAUCGCCUCGCAGAUUUGACGUUCAGCGAGGCUUAACGCGGCUCAGUCUAGGUGCUGGAGGUACCUCGGCCGAAAGUCCUGUAGCGGGCUUAACUGGAGCUGCAUCGGGCCUAGUUGAGGACGACGAUUUAGGAACGUUCCGACAGGCGUUAGCAUUUUCGGCUAUCACCGUUGGCGCUAGCUCCGGUGGACACCAUUCGUCCCCACGAGUUUCGAAAACAGCCGAACUCAGCCAUUUUAUUACAGAGGAGUUCGCUCGACACGGUCGUAAGAGGCCUCUGCCCGUGGCCUCUCUUCACCACGCCAGCCAUUCAAUGCCUGCUACUGUGGUAACGAAUUCCACGAUGCAGUCCGAUGACGUAAUACACCACCGUUCGGGCGCCAGCAUAGAAGAUGAUGUAAUAAUGGGCAGUCCGCAGCAUAAGCGGUCAAAGUAUCUCUAAAGCGUUCAUGAAAAUGUCGUCGGGCUAUGUUGUCGUCGGCAUCCGAACAAAUCGGUGAACGGAACGACGAACGGCCAGAAAAGAGCUACAUUGUCAACAUAUACGCGAAAACAUGACACUAUUAUGAUAUAUAAUGGUGAUGGAGAGGAAGAAAAGAUAAUCGGAACCAAAACGAGAAUACGGUGAAAACAAGGACAACAAAAGGAAGGUCGCAGGCAAAACAAGACAACAAGCAAAAACUGCCAGGAACGCCUACCAACAUAAAUCGUCCCUUUAUCCGUGCGUCUUAUACAUAUAUAUGUACAUGCAUUCAGAAAUAGUGCAUCACAACAUACGGGGCAUCCGAGGAUGCCGAUUAUGACGUUGGCACUAUGUUAUUUUUUUGACAACAGAACAAACCAACGUGCAUAUUUACUGAUAAAAAUAAGCUAAGGAAAAGUAAAUAUAUAAGUAUAAUUCUAAGGAAAAUGUAUGGACUGUGAGCUGCGAACAUGAAGACGAAAGCUCUCUGCCGUGCCGGUGUGCGAUGAAUGUUUGUUUUCUUGCUGGAGAAAUAAGGACAAAUAAGGCAACAACAAUAACUACGUAAUAGCGAAACUACAGCCUCUCACAUCUGUAGGUCCUUGUGCCGUGUUUGAACAAAAAAACAAAAACGUAAUGAUGAUAGCCAUUAUCUUCCAUUACCCAACAGGCCACUCUUACCCCAUGGUGAUUCUGUGGGCCUCCGUCUCCGUGAUUAUGCUAUAUGUACAUAAACGUGAUUAUUGCUCUGAUUAUGAUUAGUAUCAGUGUUAUAAAAAAAAGUUUUGCUGCGCGAUUGUAUUUUGCUGCGUGUACAUAAAAACAGACCCCAACACCCAAUACCCAAUUAGACCUUAUGAACUGUGGGCGCGGUUGACGAAAGUGAACAGCGUAAAAUCAGGAGCGCGGGAUCGCUAUGGUCGAAUCGAUAGUCUGACGUGGGCCAAAAUAGAGGAAGCUUGAGCAGCUGAUAUAAUUACUUGGUUAAGUUGUCCUGAGAGGAACGCCACGAGCGGUCAUUCGUUGUCAUCGAUCGUUUCGUUCCGCCAUGUUACGAUUUUCUUAACCCCACACUCUGAUUCGUAUUAGUUAGCAAGUUAGCAGUCUGUGACAAACAAAUGAUUUUAUGUCAUGGGCAUGGAAGAAACGAGCAUGGAGUAAAACAGUGGAGAUAUGAAAAUACAGGGCAUUUGUUCAUCCACUCAAUGAUUUGAGUUGGAGGUAAAUUAAAUUUGUUUGUAUCCGCACUCUCACCUCUAACCUUUGACACUUUGAAAGCUUUUACUUGGUCUGACACCGGCUGUCUAAUAAAGCGUUGUGUUUUGUUUUCAUAACCUCAGCUACCGUGGUAUGACAGCUAGGGAGAUGCAACGGGAAGGCGUAGCAUAUAAACGAAUUCUGCCGCUUUCGCAGGGUAAAAUAACAAGAGCUUUUAUAGUUGAUGGAUUGCCAUUGGCCCAAACACAAGAUGUUCAUCUGUCUAUUGUGACACCAUUUAUAAUUAAUAACAACGUAGUACUAGAAAGAGCCAAGAUGGUGAUGAUAAAAAAAAGCGCAAUAUCAUAUAUGCAUAUACAUUAGGUUAAACUGCUUUUCGGCAUGAUUUUUCUCUGCUACGCGUACUGCCAGGAUGGACAGGACGACUGAGUGCAGACCGUACUUCGAUGUAACGGGUGGGCAGGUGAGUCAAUCAGGGUACGUUAAUGUCGAUGUACUUCAUAACAUAAUCAAGGAGCACAGGCAGAUUAAACAGGACGCAAAAUUGCCUUGUGUAACUAAUCCCAAACACGGCUAUCCCCCGAAAGGGACUCUGAUCGUCGCAAAAAAAUCAACAACAGACAGAUAAUUCUGCUAUGAUUUGCCUCCCGCUAUUCAACUCCGCCAUUGUCCAAAACCAGUCUUUAUCUUUCAUCCGCAAUUCACAUUUGUGUCAUCGAACAUAUUUGUUUCAGAGAACACAGGAUAGCGGUUAAAAUACCAUUCAUUCAUAAUUGAUCAUUGAAAAAAAGGCUGUACUUCUUUGUACUGAAAGAAUGUAUGCAGAUGAACCGUGGAGCUCUAGCCCGCAGUCAGUCCCAUCUAGGCGAUGUGAUGUUUACGACGGAUUUGACACUUUUGUGUGGUUUUUGAAAUGUUGAAUUGACUUCUAAAAAUGGUCGAUCGAAACUGAGGUAGCAUGAAUUAAAUUGAACUAUGUCUGGAAUAAAAUCAAAUAGGUGUAAUAGUAAGGACGAUCGCGAUAGCUGUAGUAUCCUAGAUAGCGCUUCAUUUUUGUAUCAAAGGCCACGAUCAAAGGCCGUUGAAAACGCACAGACACGAAGAGGUACGGUUUUUGUACGGGCCAAAUUUAGCGAGCAGCAGUAGCAGAAGCCAGAAAAAUAGAAGCCUUUGACUGUCAAUUGUUUAAGUAUGAUAGCCUCCGGCUAGAAAAUACUCAAAUAAAUAUGCGAAUUUGAAAUUGUUUACCACAAACGGUGAACCCAGUCUUUCAAUGCCAGUAAACCGUCGAUAAAAACGCUUGGAAUGAAAUAGGUUGUCCAAGCACCGGCCAACACGCGUGUUAUCGAGUUAAUUGCCUGCACAAAACGGUGGAAAUUUUUGUCUUUCAGUCGAUAUCAUCUCUGUCUCGAACAAAAAAAAAGCCUAUUUAUCAGAUUUGCCCUUACGAGUGGAUUGUUGCUGCUGCUGCUGCUGGCGGCUUAAUUGAAGUUCGUAUGAGAUCCUCUCUUCGCUCAACGGGGUCAACGGGACAGACCGAUUACGGUGGGAACACGAGAUAUGGAGACAACUUAGGCAGAGACGGUGAACCGACAAGUGAAUGGAGAAGAUGGAGUGAGUUUGUUUGAACAGACGGUGGCGGUGCAUAGCGUUUCAAUGACUAAUUAUUGAAUACAAUAACAAUAUACCAAUAAUAAUAAUAGCAAUGGUAGCUGUAUAGGACCGACCAGUAAAUGGUCAACUGUGAUCAUUAUGUGAAGUGGCGGCAGACAAUAAGUGUAAUGACGGUUAUCAUAUGAUGAUGUUGAUAUAAUAACCAUAAAACGAUAUGGCGGAUGCACUGUGAAUACGCACAGACAUCCGAUCACGAUGCUUUGGGCUUGCUCCUCAUGGCUUCGAGCGAUAAGCCUGGCAGAACUGAGCAUCAAACGCGUACGUCAUCGCACAAUAUGGAAAACGGUGCGAUGGUAACGUAACUCUAUCUUGGACGCAGUGCUAAGCUGUGAUUCGGAGGUUGGUCUAAGAUGGAGGACCAGCGUGAUAGACUGAUGGUGACGGAGGGGAACUGAGAUAAAGCGGGUGAUCAUCAAGAAAAUGGAUUAGGAAAAAAGGCAGAAAAACACGUUACGAAGUAAUCGAUGAUUCGAUUUGGCUUCAGAACGUUCUCACAGUGGCAUUUGCCUUCGGUCAUUUAAGUAGUUUUGUUAAUAAUGUGCGUCAUUUGAAAAUGUGAGUAUGGCAAUGCGAACGAUCGACCGACUGACUCUGGGAUUGAUAAGUUAAGAUACAAUACUGAGUUUUCGUUGCGCACGACGGGCAGUUAGAAGCAACCAGGGCUGGACGAAUGUAUACCAGUGUCGUACUAUUACUAAUUAGAUUAUGAUAAUGAUCAUGCUUAUUAUUGCCGUUUUGAGCAAACACCGCUAGAUCAGCGUUUGUUUUUAUAAUUUUUUUCGAAUUUAUGCCGUACUAAUAGUAAUGAUAUAUCAUUGUAAUCAGUUAUGUGCAUUGGAAGGGAGCUUGCAGACAGUUUGAUUUUGGGACAGAGGCAAACGCACGAAUAAUCGCGUCUCGGUUUGUUUCGCCAACCCCUUGAUGAGCGGCAACGUUCCCAUUCGUGAUUAGCUGACUAGCUAAUGGCCUCGUUUAGCAGUCCUAUCGUUUUCUUCACUGCAGAAACAAGUUAUCGUUAAAACUAGCAAACGUCGGAGCUUUUUUCCGAAUCCGCGUAUAUGAUUAGCUGGCAAGUCUAUACCCCAUGUGUCGAGCCAUAAAUCGGGAAUGUUACAGUUUUUGUUCAGCUAAAUAAACGCUGAUAGAGGAAGAUGGCACAGUGAAGCUAGCGCCGCCAUUACUUGAAUUUUAAUGGAAAAAUACACUUCUUCACCAUGAUAAAACCAUAGUUCCAGUAACCAGGAAAAAACUAAGCUAAAAUAAUAAUGAGAAGAAAGCUUACAGGCUUACUUAUGGCUCAUCUAUGUAUAAUUUAAAUAAGAUUUGUAUUGAUCUCGUCAUGAAGAGUAGUCGACACAACCAUGGGACAAUAGAUUAAUUAUUCGACUAACUAUAAUUAUAGCUAGACACAGCUUUCCUUUGUGUUUCUCGAAAGUUCAUUACGCUCGAACUUCGUUUUACUUACCCCACGCACAUUACCCGUUGUGUGUUCGAUUACCAUUUUUUAACAAUCAUCAAGGGUUAAGCUAUAGUUGAGCUUGCUUAAUUCGUUUUUUGCGUUAACGAUCUAUCGAGGGACUUUGUAGUGGUAGCAGCUGCUACUAAAUCAUUAGUUAUGUCAGUCUAUCUUGACACGAAUUGUAUUGAUUAUAUAAAGCAGAAAUUAUUAGUUAGAAUUGGGUUUGUUUCUGCGUCUUGCGACGGUAUGCGUUAGGUAAUACGUAGAACUGGAAAUUCGUCCGUAUUACGAACCUACAGUACGCUACCCCGUGGGAACCGUAUGCCCCCAUUUCAUAAUUUAGUGAGGGUGCAUCUGAAGUAGCAAUCGCAAAAAUGUUCUUCUUAUCACUGGCCUUGCUAUGCUACGCUACGCUACUGCUUCUGGCUGAAGUAAGCCUAGUAUAUAGCAACGCAAUGAUCCGGACGAAAGGAACUAUGCGUGAAACAAUUUUUUGGAGCAAUUAUGUAACCCUGCAUUGACUAUUUGAGGUAGAGUUUCAUUGUCGAUUUUUAACAAAGCAGUCGCUGACGUAACGCUACUCGAUGAGCAAAGCGUUUAUAGACACGUUCCCAGAAUAUGUAUUUGAAGUAUUGUUAAAAACGGAAGACAGCAGUUCACGGUUACCGUAACAAAUGGUUAGUUAACAUUACCAUGGAUAUUAUCAUCGGAUAUCGGCUACUGAGCAGAUACAUUCUAUUAGAGUCUCAAGCUUUCAGAAACCUUCUUAGUGAUACUUGGUUAAAGCUAGUACAAGGUGUCGAGUCAUUUUUCUAAAAAAUUCACUUAUUUCAAAGAAGUACUUGGCAUUGAUCUAUCCAAAUAUAGAUCAUUUUUCGUGCUAGACCAAUGUACUCGCAAUUCGUAAUGUAUCAAUUUAAAGUUGUCCAUUAGAUCUGCUGAUGAUGCGUAUCGUAAUAAAGUCUAGCUUAGCAAAGUCGCUCUAAAGGACGAAACAUAAUGGCUGACACUAUGUUCUCUGGGUCCACAGACUGUGUUAUGCCUUACGUACGACUUGUGCUGCCGAUCUCGAUUGCAUGCUUGUCACCACCUCCAAUCACACCGUCUAAACGCUGAAAUUGACCCGCAUGGUAUACGACUGAGAUCCAAUAAGAAAGCAAAAUGAGGGAACGGUUAGCGACAUAUUAAAUGGUACAUAAGCAGUCGUUUAUAUAUUUGUAUAUGAAGUAGUACAAUGAUGAUGCUGACGUGCAGUGAUGAUAUGAAGCUCUACAUGAAUGUCUAUUUGUGGUAGUUGUACUCAAGUGAACACUUACAUUCGAGCUGUAAGGACACGGAUAUUUCCGUUUCUGCGCUGUCGUUGGCGAGCAGAAGAAGCGUAGACAUUACUCAUCAAGAAGGCAAAUGGUCAUUAAGAUGAUUGCACUUUGUAGCAAUACCCGUGGCCGCCGACAACAUUAGCAGCAACAACGAACCAAUACAACAAUGACAUUCGUAGCAACAAUAUAAAUGCAAUAAUCAGUGGGGAGAAAGCAUACGUGGAAUGACUUUGUGCGUGUGCGGAAGGUAAAUACAGAAAAAAAAAAACAAGCAAUGACAAGCAGAAAAAAUUAGCUAAAUAAAUAAUGGCGACAGGUUCGGUUCGUUCAAAAA